AGCUUGGUGAUAUUGUAAUCUUAUAAUCUGACGGUAACAGCGUGGCAUCCCGACAUCCCACACGGCAGCGGAGUGGCCACGUUCCCAGCACGGCAGCGCAAGCGCGGCCGCGCCCGCCACCCCGCCGUCCCCGCAAGCGCGACGCAAUAAUAGGCAGCCACCAGCCGGGCGCACCAGGAAGGAAAUAGCGGCGAGCAAAAGCGGGCGGAAAGGAGAGAGAGAAGGGGAAAAGAGCCAGGCUCGCCGUUCCCCCACCACCACCGCGCCAGCAGCUCAAAUCCUGAAUCCGAUCUCUCUCUCGCCCGAGGUUCUCGGUUUUGACCCGGCAAGGGGGGCAUGGCGACGUCGUUCGACCGCUGGGAGAAGGACCCCUUCUUCCUCGCCGCCGAGGAGGUGCAGGAAUCCGCCGAUCGGAUGGAAUCGGUGUACAGGAUAUGGGUACAGGAGAGGAGCGGGGGCGGGGGCGAUUCGGAGGCGGCGGGCAUUAGUGAAGGGCCUACGGCCGCCGAGCUUCGCCGCGAGCUGCACACGGCGCUCGGCACCGCCAAGUGGCAGCUUGAUGAACUGGAGCGUGCAAUCCGAUCGAACGACCAUGUUAUCUCAGCAGGAAAAGAUACAAGAGCUAGGCAUGAUGACUUUGUUGCAGCAAUUGGCUAUCGCAUAUUAGAGGUUGAAAACAACUUGAAACAGUCCAAUGUUGCAGAGGGGAGGGGCCCAUUGAGCUGGGUUCAUUUGGAUGAGGAUGAGCGGGAUGACCUUGCGGCUUUCCUAUCUGCCGGCCCUUUUCAGCAGAAAGACAAAGUGGUCACAACUUUGGCAGGUGAUAUUGAAGUGGGCAGCAAUGCAACAAGGAUGAAAAAUGAUAUAUCAACCGACAGCUCCAAGGAUUCAGCUGGUUCCACGGAUUUGAUUUCCGGGAGAGCAAAGGACGAUUUGCAUCGUGGGCACAGAAGAGCAGUUAGUGCCAGUGCUGAUAUAGGAUCAUGGAGCAUGUCGAUUCCUAAUGAAUGUGAAGAAGCUUUGGAACAAUCAUCUGAUGGCCCACACAAAGCGCCUUUGCUUAAGAUAGUGAAAACUUGUGCAUUGGCGAGUGCCUUGCAAUCUAAGCCUAGAACGAAGUGCAAAAAUGGAGCUGUGAGGUGGGCAGGUGUUAACCCACAAGAUGUUGAAGAGGCUAUCCCACUGAACACUUCUCAGUUGACUCAGGGCUUAGACGGAUGCUUUGAAAGGAACAAGAGUUGCUUAAGUGCUUGUGAUGAGGAUACAUACAAUAAGAAACUUUAUGGUUGGCUUGGAGCCCUUCAUAGACAGCUUCAAAGAUCUCAAUAUCAAAUUCGAUAUGGGCAUCCUGUUCAAUUUGUUGUUUUAGCACUGGCUGCUCUUGUAAUAUUUGUGUGCAUAUUGAGGACAAUUUGGUGACUGUUUUUAUUUGGUCACAAUUGGAUUUGAAGCCUCACAAGAUCAGCAGCCUGUAUGGUACACAUUCAUUGGUUGUUAAGUAACUUUUGGCCAAUUGGAGCCUGAGUCAUGCACAUUUCGCAAAUGUGGCAGAUUGUUUGUGGUAAUCAAGGUUGAAAGGCAUGUAGUGUAAUCUGAUUGGAGCAACUUAUCUUGCCACAUCUUCUGGGCAGUCUACCUCAUCCUCGGAAAAACAUCUUCGGGGUGGUCGGCUUCAUCCUUGGAUAUGUGCUGCACCAUGCCUAGCACGCUUGAUGAUGCACCUCAAGAAUUUAAUCCUCCAUGGUGGCCAAUUGGCGCCUAUGUAAUGGUCUUGUAUAAAUCAGUGGCCCACUGGACUGGUGAUCAUGCUGCUAAGCAGAAUUUCAGGUCUUGUGCCAUGCAUCAGUGCUGCCACUUUUACUGCCUGACUUGGAAGGGUGGUGAAUUUUUGUAGUUGUCAUCUAAACUGUAGUUAGUUCUAUAGGGGGUAGGCUCGGAUGCGAAAUGUGAAAGAUACCAGAAAUAACUGUAUGGUAUCUGUUUGUACUUUGUCCCCCUUAUAUUACAACAGGAUUAGGAACCUGGUAGUCCCCAGAGCUAGCAGUAUUCGACCUUUGCAGUUGUUGUAAUAAGGUGACAGCUUGUGCGGAUUGUGUGGAAACUGCAUGUUACUGCUAAAUUCAGUGAAGGAUGACAGUUCUACAGUAAAUACUACUUAUGUCUUUGGAACAACCAA